AGCUUUUUAUCUGAGAUACACAGGAGCAAACACGACAUUUCCUAAAGGCUUGAACAACCUGUGCUCAGAGCUGGUGUGUGUGUGUGUGUGUGUGUGUGUGUGUGUGUGUGUGUGUGUGCAGAUGUUGAGACAGCUCAGGAUUCAGGAUUAACAACAAAAUGCAUCCGCUCCUGUUCAUCUCCCUCUGCCUCAGUGUGUGUGGUUCUGUACUGGGUUCUGUGGUUCCUCCAUCAUGUGUCUCUGUGUAUCGAGGCUUCGCUCAGUGUUUGGUGUCUCUGGGAGACGACGUGAACAGCCAAACUGACAACGACCCCGACAUCGACUCCAUCUGCAGAUCCUGGGGCGUCUUCGAGCGGUGUGUGAGCAGCGUGCUGUCCGAUUGCCGCGGUAACGCGGCAGAGCUCUGGGAGUCUUUAAAGGUGGAGUCUCGGAGGACGCAGUUCUCGGGGAACCUUUAUGAAAUGUGUUCCGGCCGCACCUCGGCAUCUCCUCAGACCCCGCCCACUACCGAUCAGACCAAUCAGGAGUCUCUGAAAGGCCGCGGUGAGAGCAGUGACCACGCCCUGUGUUCUGCAUGCUUGCUCCUCGGUGUGUUCUGUGUACUGAUUUGGUUUAUUUAGGAGACGUCACAAUGUCUCAUAUUUAAAAUGACAUAUUUUAAACGCUGGUGAAAAUGUAUACGAUUCAGAAUUGUUGUAUUAAUUCAUUUUGCCCUUCAGUCGGUAUUCAGUAGAUUCCUUUAAGCUGAUGAUUGUGUUUUAUUUUUUUUAAACCCUGUGUAUUUCAAGUUAUUCGUGGUGAUUUGUCAUAAAAGAACACUUAUUUAAAAACACUUCAGUGAAUAAACAUCAUCAUCAGUUCAGCUCCUCAAUCAGGCUUUAUUUAUUUAUUUAUUUAUUUAUUUCCUACCUAUUUCUUUCCUUUCCAUAUCGAACGGCGUCCAGAUCAGGAAGAUCCUGAGGAGAAGAAAACUAAAUUAUAAGCAUUUGGACAUGAUUAUGAAAGAAACAAGUGAUGUGUUGAGGUUCUUGCUGAUGGAGGAUAACUUUAAAGCAGAGCUACAUGAGAAACUGAACGGUUCGGAUCGGAUCCCGGCCUGAUAAAGGUUCGGAUCUGACCCGCUUUAAUGAAUUAGAAUUGUCUAAUUGAAACGCGAGUUUGGGAAAUGAAGUGCUAGUCUCUGUUAUUCCACUAGGUGGCACAAAA